UUCAACCUCUCUCGUCACUCUCUUCUCCAUGACUCCACGCCCUUUCGUUCUGAUUCUCUCCCGAGACGACCUAAAGACUCUCAAAUUUACUGGCGAUGGCGAUUUGUUCGCAGAUUGUUGGCGGAGUGGAAUAAUUCCGGCUCCAAGUCCGACCACGAACUCAACCAGAUUUUAAGCUAUUGGAUCGUAGGCUACCUCCUCCAUCAUCCUCACUUCGGCCGUUGCUUACCAUCGAUAGCAUCUUCUGAAACAUUUUUAGUACCUCAUCAUCCUCCGCUCACACUCACUGCUUUUUUUUACUCUUUUGUUUUUUCCUUUUUCCUAAUCGGCAUAUGUAGUAAAUAAAUAAAUAGUGUAUUAAAAAAAGAAAUUCUUGUGGGUCCCACAAGACCUUGAUUCCUUGCUCAUAUAUAACGCUUCCCUCAGGAAACACCGUCUUUCCCGCCACUUUCUCUCUCUAUCAGAAAUACUCUCUCACACUUUGGAACAAGAAGAUGUUGUGGGUGGACAAGUACAGACCAAAAACCCUAGAUCAGGUUAUUGCACACGAAGACAUUGCCCAAAACCUCAAGAAGCUGGUCACUGAACAAGACUGUCCACAUUUGCUUUUCUAUGGCCCCUCUGGUUCUGGCAAGAAAACACUAAUCAUGGCCCUCCUUCGUCAGAUUUUCGGUGCUAGCGCUGAAAAGGUGAAGGUAGAAAAUAGGACAUGGAAAGUCGAUGCUGGAAGUAGAACCAUUGAUCUGGAGCUUACCACAAUAUCAAGCACAAAUCACAUUGAGCUAAGCCCUAGUGAUGUAGGCUUCCAGGACAGAUAUGUAGUGCAAGAGGUGAUAAAAGAUAUGGCUAAGAAUCGUCCAAUUGACACAAAAGGAAGAAAAGGAUAUAAAGUACUAGUGCUCAAUGAAGUUGACAAGCUUUCAAGAGAAGCACAACAUUCUCUUCGUAGAACUAUGGAGAAGUACAGUUCCUACUGCCGGCUGAUCCUAUGCUGUAACAGUUCUUCAAAGGUUUCUGAGGCAAUUAGGUCACGGUGUCUCAAUAUGCGAAUAAAUGCACCUUCAGAGGAACAGAUUGUCAAGGUAUUGGAGUUAAUUGGAAAGAAAGAAGGGCUGCAGCUUCCACCUGGAUUUGCUGCCCGUAUAGCCGAAAAAUCAAAUCGAAGUUUAAGGAGGGCUAUACUUUCAUUUGAGACUUGUCGCGUCCAACAGUAUCCUUUUACAAGUAAUCAAGCAAUACCUCCAAUGGACUGGGAGGAAUAUGUUUCUGAAAUAGCUACUGAUAUAAUGAGGGAGCAGAGUCCUAAAAAGCUUUUUCAGGUUCGAGGGAAAUUGUACGAACUGCUAAUUAAUUGUAUUCCUCCAGAGAUUAUUUUGAAGAGGCUGCUUUACGAAUUAUUGAAGAAAUUGGAUGAGGAAUUAAAGCAUGAGCUCUCCCAUUGGGCAGCUUAUUAUGAACAUAGGAUGCGUCUUGGACAAAAAGCCAUUUUCCACCUUGAAGCUUUUGUAGCCAAGUUCAUGAGCAUCUAUAAGGGUUUCCUUAUUGUAUCAUUUGGCUGAAGAAAGUAGCAGCAGCCUUGGUUGCAAUAUCUAAAUAUGUUGAAGAGCGUUGGAUCAAUUCUGUGACACUUUGUAGUUAUUGGAAGAUGAUUCCUCACAAUGUCUUCCAUUAUUUUGUCCUGUGAAUCAAUUCAGUUCUGUGAUGAUGUUGGAAACGUUUGCUAGUAGUUGAGUUUAGCAAAAUAUUUACAUUUAAUUUGCUUCAUUUUGUUAUAUGCCAUGUGAUCGCAGUUGAAUAUCUCUUCCC